UGCAUCGACCCCCUUUCUGGUAUUAUGCAUGCAAACCAAGAGCUCCGACCGAGCGCUUGUUAGCGACAUGGAAGUCACUUCUAUAAAGUAGAGGAGAAACGGUUUGGAUGUGGCAACCGUACGGCAGAAAUCCCGGCUUGAGCGCGGUUUCAAGAGACAGCGGAAUACUGAAUUCGGGCUUGCUUGCAUUGAUUUUUUUAACGUGGACAAUCAUGUUUUUGUUCUUCUGGGGACUAGGUUUUUUAGUAUUACUCUCUGAUUUUAUGAAUGCAGUAGCUUCAGCAGGGACACCGCGAGGUUCAGAGAAAGCGAAAUUAUCGCAUUUUGGCGCGUAUGAGAUUGUAACUCCGGCCAGAGUGAAUGAAUCCGGUGACAAACUGCCAACCGGCGUGCACUUCAAGAGGAGAAAGCGGAGUACCGACCCAGUAACCGGCAACAUCUCCCAUCAUUGGACCUCUCCGCACGUCUAUUACCAACUAUCUGCCUUUGGGCAGGACUAUUACCUUAAUCUUACGCUCGAGUCGGGAUUUAUUGCGCCAGUUUACACUGUCACGAUACUCGGAGCAUCCAGUGAAGGUUAUAAUUCAGAAGAGGGGGAGGAGGAGGACACGGAGUACCAGCACUGCUUUUAUAAAGGACAUGUGAACGCUGGGCAGGAGCAUACCGCAGUAAUCAACCUCUGCUCCGGUUUGCUUGGCACUUUCAGGUCACCAGAAGGGGAGUUUUUUGUGGAACCCCUUCAUAGCUACAAUGGUGAACAUUAUGAAGAAGAACACAUCAAACCUCAUGUCGUGUACAGAAAAGAUGCAUCAAAAAAGACUGUAGAUGACUCAACUGCAUGUGAAACUUCAGGACAUAAAGAGCCACACCGCAGACACAGGAACAGACUGAAGAGAAAGUUGCCCUCAAGCAUGUUGUCCGACCUGGAGACUCUUAAUUCCAGACUCUUCUCUGCCCCCUUCCCCUCCUCAGAAAACAAGCACAACUCCGCUAAUGAAAGCAGUGACUCCAAGCCACACCGGAGAUCAAAGCGUUUCCUUUCCUACCCCCGUUUUGUUGAAGUCAUGGUUGUGGCAGACAGCAAGAUGGUGGAACAUCAUGGAAGCAACCUCCAGCACUACAUUCUUACACUGAUGUCCAUUGUUUCCUCCAUCUAUAAGGAUCCCAGCAUUGGAAACCUGAUUAACAUUGUUAUUGUGAAGUUGGUCAUCAUAAAGAAUGAGCUGGAUGGUCCCACUAUCUCUUUCAAUGCACAAGCCAGUUUGAAAAACUUCUGCAUAUGGCAGCAGAGUCAGAACCACCCGGAUGACAAUCAUCACUCGCAUCACGACACCGCCAUCCUAAUCACAAGGCAGGACAUCUGUCGUGCUCGGGACAAGUGUGACACUUUAGGUCUUGCUGAGCUGGGUACAGUUUGUGAUCCCUACAGAAGUUGCAGUAUUAAUGAGGAUAAUGGACUCAGUACUGCUUUCACCAUCGCUCAUGAGCUUGGCCAUGUGUUCAACAUGCCUCACGAUGACAGUAACAAAUGCAAGGAGGAUGGAGUCAAGAACCAGCAACAUGUGAUGGCCCCUACGCUCAACUAUUACACCAACCCUUGGAUGUGGUCCAAAUGUAGUCGGAAAUACAUCACAGAGUUCCUCGACACAGGGUAUGGUGAGUGUUUGCUCGAUGAGCCAGUUUCUAGGCCAUACAGUUUGUCCCAGCAGCUGCCUGGACAGAUAUACAGCGUCAAUAAACAAUGUGAGCUGAUAUUUGGGCCUGGGACACAGGUGUGCCCAUAUAUGACACAGUGCCGAAGGUUGUGGUGCACCAGUCCAGAAGGAGUCCAGCGUGGCUGCCGGACCCAACACAUGCCAUGGGCAGAUGGGACAGAAUGUUCUCCUGGAAAGCAUUGUAAACAUGGCCUGUGCAUCCAUAAAGAGCAUGAAUCUGUUCCAACUGAGGGGGCCUGGGGCGUCUGGAGUCCCUUUGGCACAUGCUCAAGGACUUGCGGAGGGGGAAUCAAGAUUGCUGUGCGCGAGUGCAACCGACCCGUGCCCAGAAAUGGGGGGAAGUAUUGUGUUGGACGCAGGAUGAAAUUCCGUUCCUGUAACUCUGAGCCAUGCUCCAAGCAAAAGAAAGACUUCAGGGAGGAACAGUGUGCCAGCUUUGAUGGGCGGCACUUCAACAUCAAUGGUCUACCUCCAAAUGUCCGCUGGGUGCCAAAGUAUAGCGGAAUUCUGAUGAAGGAUCGCUGUAAGCUAUUCUGUCGUGUGGCGGGCAGUACAGCUUACUACCAACUCAGGGACAGAGUUAUUGAUGGCACGCAGUGUGGGCCUGAUACCAAUGACAUCUGUGUUCAGGGCCUGUGCAGGCAAGCAGGAUGUGACCACGUGUUAAACUCCAAGGCCAGGAGAGAUAAGUGUGGAGUGUGUGGUGGGGAUAACUCAUCUUGCAAGACUGUGGCAGGAACGUUCAACAUAGUGCAUUAUGGUUACAAUGUUGUGGUGCGAAUUCCCAGCGGUGCUACAAACAUAGAUGUGAGACAACACAGCUACUCAGGGAAACCAGAGGAUGAUAACUACCUCGCCUUGUCCAACAGCCGUGCAGAAUAUUUACUCAAUGGAGAUUUUGUGGUCAGUAUGUUUAAAAGGGAAGUCAGAGUAGGGAAUGCUGUUAUUGAAUACAGCGGCUCUGACCAUGUUGUUGAGAGAAUCAACUGCACUGACCGCAUUGAAGAGGAGAUUAUUAUCCAGGUGCUAUCCGUAGGUAACCUCUAUAACCCUGACGUCAGGUAUUCCUACAACAUUCCCAUAGAGGACAAACCUCAGCAGUUUCUCUGGGAUGCGUACGGCCCGUGGCAGGAUUGCAGUCUGUUGUGCCAAGGAGAGCGCAAGAGGAAGAUCUUGUGCAGUCGUGAGUCGGAUCGAGUAGUGGUGUCUGAUCAGCGGUGCCAUGGCUCUCCCAAACCAGCUGUGAUCUCUGAGCCAUGCAACACAGACUGUGAACUCAGGUGGCAGGUUGUUCGCAAAAGCGAAUGUACAGCCACUUGUGGUCUGGGCUUCAGGACUUUGUACAUUUACUGCAUCAAACAGAGCAGGUUGGAUGGGAAAACCCAGAAGGUUGACGACCGAUAUUGCAGCAACCAGCACAAGCCUGAAGACAAGGAGGUGUGCCAUGGAGACUGCAACCCUGGUGGAUGGGAGUACUCUUCCUGGUCUGAGUGCUCCAGGAGCUGUGGAGGAGGAACACGUCGUAGGAGUGCAGUAUGUGGAAUGUCAGCAGAAACUGAUGACAAAACCAAGUGCAACCCACAAGAAAAGCUCACAGUCCAACCUUGUAAUGAGUUCCUGUGUCCUCAGUGGAAAACUGGAGACUGGUCUGAGUGUUUAGUGACAUGUGGCAAGGGCUAUAAGCACCGCCAGACUUGGUGUCAGUUUGGAGAGGAGCGUUUGGAUGACCGCUUCUGUGAUUCCUCCAAACCAGAGUCAGUACAGGCCUGCCAACAGCAAGAAUGUGCCUCCUGGCAGGUGGGGCCCUGGGGACAGUGUACCACCACAUGUGGCCCGGGCUAUCAGAUGAGAGCUGUGAAGUGUGUGGUUGGCUCAUACGGCUCUGUCAUGGAUGACUCUGAAUGUAAUGCAGCAACACGUCCAACAGACACUCAGGACUGUGAACUCUCGCAGUGUCCUGUUACUCAUCCUGUUGCCCCAGAGACCAAAGUGAUGUCACAUCCUGGUCAUAAAACACAGUGGCGCUUUGGAUCUUGGACACAGUGCAGUGCCACCUGUGGAAAGGGCACCCGGAUGCGCUAUGUAAGCUGCCGUGACCAGCAGGGUGGAGUAGCAGAAGAAUCAGCCUGCUCCCAUCUUCCAAAACCUCCUGCUAGUGAGGUUUGCUCCAUAGUGGCGUGCGGACUGUGGAAGGUCCUGGAAUGGACUCCGUGCUCCGUAUCCUGUGGUCAGGGUAAGACUACACGGCAAGUAGUGUGCAUGAACAUCAGUGAUCAAGUUGUGGAAAUGAGUGAGUGUGACCCAGAUGAUCAACCAGCAACAGAGCAGGAGUGUGCCAUGCCCCAGUGUCCGUCUCGCUCCAGCGACCACGGGGGCUUUUCACCUAACACUGAUUCUCGGAAAAAAACAGUUCCCGCCGGACGAACUGACCGUAACAGAGCUGGCAAACCCCAGUCACAUCAAUGGAGGACUGGACCAUGGGGGGCGUGUUCAAGUACCUGUGCCGGAGGAUUCCAGAGGCGUGUGGUGGUGUGUCAGGAUGAGAACGGCUACCCUGCCAACAGCUGUGAUGAAAGCACUCAACCCAUAGAGCAACGCUCCUGUGAGUCCGGCCCCUGCCCUCAGUGGUUCUAUGGCAGCUGGGGUGAGUGUUCAAAAUCCUGCGGAGGAGGGAUAAAGACCCGGUUGGUCGCUUGUCAGCGGCCCAACGGGGAGCGCUUUAACGAUCUGAGCUGUGAAAUUCUUGACAAACCACCCGACCAAGAACAGUGCAAUACUCAGUCCUGCUCUAUUAACCCUCACUGGAGCACAGACCAAUGGAGCUCGUGCUCUGCGUCCUGUGGGAGAGGAUACAAGUACCGCAAUGUGACUUGUGUCAGUCACUCGGGCCAGCCAAUCCCAGAAGAGAACUGCCUACACCUGCCCCUCCCACAAAAGCAAAGGCGUUGCAGAGGUGGGAGGUGCCCCAAGUGGAAGACGGGAAGCUGGGGAGAGUGUUCAUCAUCUUGUGGAAAUGGGCUGCAGCAUCGUGAGGUUUCUUGUGUCAGUGGUGACGAGCGCAGGAUGCAGGAGUCUAAAUGUUCCCGUCUCCUUCGCCCACCCUCUACACAGCCUUGCCGGGUCACCGAUUGUGUCUCACACUACAGCUGGGGCAAAGGAGACUGGCAAGAGUGCAGCAAAACAUGUGGUUCUGGGUACAAGUUUCGAGCAGUGGUGUGUUUGGAUAAGGAUGAAGAUGAGGUGCUUGAGGCGUACUGCAUGAACCAAAGAAAACCAGCUGAUAAGGAACCUUGUAACUUACAACCCUGUGAGUUCAUCUGGAUUACAGGAGAAUGGUCUGAGUGCUCAGUCACAUGUGGUCUGGGGUAUCAGAGGAGGCUGGUGUCCUGCAGUGAGGUUCACGCUGGGAUUGAUAAUUAUGAGUAUAGUCUUAACUCUUCAUUAGACUGCCCAGGCACCCCUCCUGAGGACAUCUUGCCCUGCUUUCGGCUGCCUUGUUCUGCCCCACACGCUUGGAGAGUGGGUAUAUGGGGACCUUGCUCUGCAACCUGUGGAAGUGGUUGGACAGAGAGACAAGUCCAGUGUAUAUCAGCAGAGGGUGAGGUUUCUGAAAAAUGUCCCUCCUCCUCCAAACCUGAGGAACGGAAAUCCUGCAUCAGUCCUUCUUGCCACUUCCCCACUAACUGUAGAGAUGUACGUCUCCAGAAAGAUGUUGUCUCUGAUGGUGAACAGACGUUGAAAAUUGAUGGAAAAAUUUUAAAAAUCUACUGUUCAGAGAUGAGCACUGACAGUCCUAAGGAGUAUAUCACGCUGAUCACCGGAGAAGAAGAGAACUUCUCUGAGGUCUUCGGAUACAGGCUGAUGGACCCCACACAGUGCCCAUUCAACCUAAGCAGGAGAGAAGAUUGCCAGUGUAGAAGAGACUACACAGCUGCUGGUCUUUCUACCUUCACAAGAGUUAGAAUGGACCUCAGCACAAUGACCAUUAUAACCACAGACUGGAAAUUUGCCUUUAUCCUUGAAGGGCAUAGGGUUCCUUUUGCCACGGCAGGAGAUUGCUAUAGUGCUGCUCGCUGCCCACAGGGCCGGUUCAGGAUCAACCUCUCAGGAACAGGAUUUAAGGUGACAGAAAGCACUAGGUGGAUUUCCCAAGGGAACUACGCCACAGCUGACAUUCACAGGUCUCAGGAUGGCAGUAGAGUUUCUGGGAUAUGUGGUGGUUAUUGUGGAAAAUGCACUCCCUCUUCCAGCCCUGGACUUCUUGUUGAAGUUACAUGAUGACAGGUGUACAAACCAGCAGGAAAGUGUAUGACCUGUUUCUACAUACUUAUUUCUACUGUCAGACUUAAUUUCUUUUAAAGGGAAAUCUAAAUUCUAUGUGUAUGAUUCCUCAAGUGCCAUACAGUUCACUUAUGAGCCAUUAGGAGUGUUGGAA